UGGUCCCUUUCUGAGCUGUUGCUAACACAUGCAUGCUCUGGACGCCCUCCUUAGCAGAAGCUAAUCCUGUAUGCAGAUUUGCAUUUUUCCUGCAAAGCUCCUUGUCUUUCACAGUCAACGGACUUGGUUGGGGAAUGUCUGGGACUCGUCACCUGGCUGUUUAUCACUGAUGCUCUUGAAUGACUAGCGUCACCAGCUCCAUUAACUUCAGGAAAUGAAGCUCCCACAAAUGCUUCCCCUCAUCUUGCUCUUCCUCAGCUGCCUGGAAGGUAGUAGUGGCAAGAAGAGUAAAGAGAGCAGUGAAAAAGUGCAGCCUUCCUUCCCCUGGGCACAGUCUGGACAGUUCUCUACCUCAAACAAACACCUGUGCACUUGGCAAUUGGUCUUCGAGGAAGGAGCCUCUGAGCUCCAGCUCACUUGUCAUUCACCAGGAGAGGAUGGCAGCCGGGACCAGCAGUGUGUCUACCGGGGCCAGCCAGAACGAUGUGCUGCCUACAGCUCCAAAGGCCGCCAGUUCUGGAAGCAGAUCCUGGGCAAGCUCCGCAAGAAGCAACACCCAUGCCAGGAGACAAGUCCACUCAAAUCUCGGCUUUGUAGUGGCAAGAAGGGAGGAUCUGAAGCACAGCUGCACCUGGUUGUUACCACACUUAGCACAGAUGCCCCAGUGACUACAGAGGGCACUACUAAAGGGAAACCCAAGGGGAAAGGCCGAUCCAAGGACCCGCCAGCACUACAGAAAGCAUCCAGGGACCGGGGGCAAGGCAGCCCAGUGAAGUCCGAUGCCCCAGACAAGCGGAACAAAGGGGGAAGGAGGAAAGGAAGUCCCAACUCCUCUGUAGCCCCAACCCAGACACCACCUUGGCAGUUGACAGCUGUUGUGGAAGGAUCCGAACAGCCUACAGAGCUCAAUGCUGAUGUGGUAGAGGCCUACUGUGAAGAGAAGUGGCACUCCCUAUGUAAUUUCUUUGUGAAUUUCUGGAAUGGCUGAACUUGGAGCACCAAAAGAAGAAUGGGGCAUGGGGGGGGGGAGUGGAAGUGUACAGUAGAAAGCCUAGUUAGAAAUAGGGUUGGAAGGCAAGCGGUAUACUUUUGGACAGGGCUUGGAAAUUUUUUUGGGGGGGGACUGCAACUCCCAUAAUCUCCCAGCCAGCAUGGUCAAUGGUCAUGUUGACUAGAUGAUUCUGAGAGUAGUGCUCCCCUAAAAGGAACUUUUCCAUGGUUUGGGUUUGGGAUAAUAAAACAGGAGUAAAGAAGAGGUGAAUGAAAGGAAGAGCCAGUAGAACAUGUGCAGAUGAAAGCCAAAAGAAUAUGAGGCACAGAUUUGGGAUUAUAAGGGGGCAGUGUGCAGCAAUGGGUUUUGGUGGGGACUUAUUAAUUUACUCAUUUCUACUAAUCAUGCAGCAGCUGCUAAUGAAGAAAUGAAGGAUAAGGAGUUGUGGGUAGCAAGAAAGGCAUGCCCUUCUUUCUAUGUUAAGCAUACUCUGGCAACAAGUAGGUUGCUCUGCUGCAUCAGAUAAUUUGUUCCCUAUCACUACAAAGUAGGUAACCCCCUAUUAAUAAAAAAAACAAUAGUGGAAGUAACAUGUUUGAAUUAUUGAUCAAGUUCUUCCUUCUAUACCUAGAAAAUAUCUAACAUGUGUACCAACAUUCAGUGAUGCAUAUGCUGCUAGGUGUUAAUUCUGUUAGAUAAUAAUAAAUGAAA